UGAGUGAGGUCGGGCAGCGAAGAAGCAUGGCGGCUGUUCUGAGGGGGUCCCGAAGGCUGUGGAGAAGGUGUCCCGGCCAUGUCGCCCUGUCGCCGGUGUGCAGGCGCAGCAUGGCGUCCAAGACGCCGGUGGGCUUCAUCGGUCUGGGCAACAUGGGAAACCCGAUGGCCAAGAACCUCCUGAAGCACGGAUACCCCGUCAUAGCAACCGACGUCUUCCCAGAGUCAUGCAAGGAGAUACAGGAGCUCGGGGCACAGAUCCUGGACUCCCCAGCUGAGGUGGCUGAUAAGGCCGAUCGCAUCGUCACCAUGUUACCAUCCAGCCCUAAUGUGAUAGAGGUGUACACAGGAACCAACGGCAUCCUCAAGAAGGUUAAGUCGGGUACCUUACUAAUCGACUCGUCCACCAUCGAUCCGGCCGUUUCCAAGGAGAUGGCAGCAGCAGCUGACAAGACGGGAGCGCUCUUCAUGGACGCACCAGUAUCUGGAGGCGUGGGAGCGGCGGCGUCUGGCAAGUUGACCUUCAUGGUCGGAGGUCCGGAGUCGGAAUUCACGGCGGCCAAAGAACUCCUGACCUGCAUGGGAGCCAAUAUAGUGUAUUGUGGAGCAGUGGGAACAGGACAGGCUGCUAAGAUCUGCAACAACAUGCUGUUGGCCAUCGGGAUGAUCGGCACCUCGGAGACCAUGAACCUCGGAAUGAGGUUGGGUUUGGACCCUAAGCUGCUGUCUAAAAUCCUGAAUAUGAGUUCUGGUCGGUGCUGGUCCAGUGACACCUAUAACCCGGUACCAGGUGUCAUGGAGGGCGUCCCAUCAGCCAACAACUACGCAGGAGGCUUCGGAACCAUGCUCAUGGCCAAGGACCUGGGUCUUGCCCAGAACUCGGCCACCACCACUCGUACCCCCGUCCCCAUGGGGGCGCUAGCUCACCAGCUGUACCGCAUGAUGUGUUGCCGUGGAUACGCCAACAAGGACUUCUCAUCAGUCUUCCAGUUCCUACGCGAGGAGGAGGAGAAGCAGCAGUCAGGCGGCGGACAGUAGACACACACACACACACACAUAUAACUACACACACACACACACAGGCAGCGGACACUAGACACACACACACACACACACACACACACACACACACACACA